AACUGUCAAGAACUUCCUCUAGUGCAUCUGCAAAAAUAUUAGCACAAGCAGAAAAAGCAGCAUUACAGGAGCGUAUGGCUGCUCUAAAACAAAAGCACAUUUUGGAGGCGCAGGAGGAACAAAUAAGACUUGAACAAGAGGAAUUAAGAAGGAAACAGGAAAAGGACCAAGAGGAUUUACAGAAGAAACAGGAAUGUUUAAGGAGAGAAAAGGAACAACUUGCUUUGGAAGCAGAAUUAAAGGUGACAAACGCAAAAUUGAAGGUUCUGGAAAUAAAUUCAAAGUGUGGCUCUAAAGUGUCAAAAUGUGCAUCUACAACAUCAGAUGGCAUGAACUCUUACUUGGAAAGGUCAGAAAUUCCAGGAAAAUAUGAACUAAAUCCAACUGCUGACCAUUUUGUGCCCACCAAUGAAAACUCUGAACCUUCUCCUAGGUGCUUAUUAAAUUCUGUCCCUGUUGGUGCUAAACCCAAACAUGUUGUGAUGCAACCACCCAUACCUAAUGUUAUUCCUGCUUCUCAAGGACAAAGUACACAACCACUGGUUUUGCAAAAUGCUCACGACAAUAAUCAAUCUACCAAUUCUCCAGACAUUUUGAACAUCAUGCAGCGUCAAAAUGAAAUUACUGCCUUGUUGGUCCAACAAAACACAGCCUCUGCUCUGCCUAUGAGAAAUAUACCUGUAUUUGAUGGUGAUCCCCUGUACUUUAAAUCUUUUCUCAGAGCCUUUGAAAAUUGUAUAGAGGAUAAAACUCAAAAUGUCAGUGAUUGUCUGUACUUCCUAGAACAAUACACUAGGGGGCAACCAAGAAACAUUGUAAGAAGUUGUCAGCAUCUGCCCUCUGAUCUGGGUUACCAAAGAGCAAAAACACUUUUGAUUGAACAUUUUGGCAGUGAACACACAAUCUCUUCUGCUUAUAUGGACAAAAUCAAUAAUUGGCCCUCAAUAAAACCUGAGGAUGUUAACGCUCUGCAGUCAUAUGCUUUGUUUCUCCGAGGUUGCGCCAAUGUAGUACAUCAUAUAAAGUACAUGAAGGAGUUGGACAUACCAGCUAACCUCAGGACAAUUCUAAUGAAACUUCCAUACAAACUGAGGGAAAAGUGGAGAAAUGUGGCAUGUGAUAUACUGGAACAAACUGGAAGCAGAGCAAUGUUUGUUGAUUUUGUAAAUUUUAUUGAAAAACAAGUCAAAAUUGUUUCAGACCCGCUGUUUGGAAAUAUUAAUGAUGUUUUCCCCACCAGCCACACAAAGUUAUCCACUCAAGUUAAGCAGAAAAGGAAAAGUGGUACCUUUGCCACCAGCAUCAAUGUAAUAAAGGAUGAACAUAGAGAAAAGAAAAAUUUAACAGCCCAUAGUAAUCAGCUCAAAUGUCUGUUCUGCCAUUUCACUAAUCACACUCUGGAAAAAUGUUUUCAGUUUAAAAGAAAGACCCAACAGGACAAGAUUCACUUUCUAAAGGAGAAAGGUGUGUGUUUUGGGUGCUUGAAAUAUGGACACACAAGCAAAGACUGUAGGAGUCGUUUGGAUUGUGAAGUGUGUCACAGGAAACACCCAUCUGUCCUGCAUGUGGAGAAGGAGGAUACUACAAGGAUAUCCUGCAAAGAAACUGUGAGCAUUGUACCUGAGCAGCAGCAGACAUGUGGUCAUAUUGGGGCUGGUGAAGAGGAUACUGCUGUUUUUUCCAUUGUGGCUGUGCAGGUGAAAAGUCAGAAAAGUAAUAAAGUUGUGCAUACUUACGCUUUCUUGGACCCUGGGAGCUCUGGUACCUUCUGCACUGCAAGUCUGGCUGAAAGGCUGGGAAUAUCAGGUAAAAACUGUAACAUACUAUUAAGGACAAUGGGACAGACUAAAACCAUUAAUACCACUGUGAUAACUGGUCUGGAGGUGUCUGGUUUUGAUACCGAGGAUUUUAUUGAGCUGCCAUCUGUUCUGACACAAACAGAAAUGCCUGUAUCCAAAGUCAAUGUGCCAUGUCAGGAUGAUGUUGCCAAGUGGGCGUAUUUGAGUAGCAUUAAGCUACAUGAAGUAGAUGCAGAUGUGGACUUGCUCAUUGGAACUGACUCUCCCAAAGUUUUGGAGCCAUGGGAACUAAUAAACAGCCAAUGUGGUGGACCGUAUGCAGUGAAGACCAGAGUUGGUUGGGUCAUAAACGGGCCUCUUCGUGUUGGAGACUCUGGAGGUGCUGGCGUCAAAUCAGGAUGCACUGUUGUAACUGCUAAUCAUAUAUCUGUGGAGCACUUGGAAAAUAUGUUGAUGCAGCAGUACAAUCAUGGCUUUGCUGAAAGAACAUAUGACGAACAACUUGAGAUGUCAAGAGAAGACAUUAAAUUUAUGAAAAUUGUGAAGGAUACAGCAGUGCUUAACAAUGAACAUUAUUGUAUUGAUUUACCUUUCAGAGUUGAAGAUCCUGUUUUGCCAAAUAAUCGCUGCAUUGCAUUACAAAGACUCCAAAGCCUGAAGAGGAGAUUUAACAGAGAUAUUUCAUUCAAGGCUCAAUAUACUGAUUUUGUCAACAACAUGUUGGAGCAAGAAUAUGCAGAAAAGGUUCCCACAAAUGAGCCCGCUCCAAAACAAGGAAAGGUGUGGUACAUUCCCCACCAUGGUGUACAUCACCCAACCAAAGGUAAAUUGCGUGUUGUGUUUGAUUGUGGCUGUACUUACAAAGGUACAUCAUUAAACAGCCAGCUCUUGCAGGGCCCAGACUUCACUAACACGCUUAUUGGCGUCCUCCUCCGGUUUAGAGAAGAGCCCAUUGCUAUUAUGGCUGAUAUCAACGCCAUGUUCCAUCAGGUCCGGGUCCCACACAAGCAUGUUAACUUCUUGCGCUUUUUAUGGUGGCCCAAUGGAGAUGUUGCAAUGGAGCCAGAGGAAUAUAGGAUGUGUGUACAUUUGUUUGGAGCUGUAUCCUCUCCAAGCUGCUCAAACUAUGCACUGAGAAGAACUGCUGAGGAUAAUGCAUUGCGAUACUCACCCGACGUCCUCAGCACAGUCAAAACAAAUUUCUAUGUGGAUGACUGUCUCAAGUCCACUGCAACAGAGGAAGAUGCAGUGAAGCUCAUACAUGGAUUAACAUCUCUCUGUAAAAAAGGUGGCUUCCAUCUCCAAAAGUGGGUCACAAAUAGCCAAAAUGUGUUUGCACUUAUUCCCAUCAAUAUCAGGGCAGUGGGUUUGGAGAGCAUGGAUUUGGAUAGGGACCAACUCCCUGUGGAAAGAGCCCUUGGGAUGCAAUGGUGUGUUCAAGGAGACACGUUCAGUUUCAGGACGGCGGUACAGGAACGUCCACACACCAGGAGAGGCAUCCUUUCUGUGGUGAGCUCUCUUUAUGAUCCACUGGGUUUUUUGUCUCCUUUCAUAAUCCCUGCUAAGUUACUGUUACAGGAGCUGUGUAGAAUGAACUUCAAAUGGGAUGAGCCAGUCCCUAGUGCCGUCUCCAGACAUUGGUCUGAGUGGCUCUCUGAACUUCAGCAUAUGAGUGGAUUUAAAGUGGAACGGUGCAUUAAACCUAAGAACUUUGGAACACAAGUGAAAGCAGAAUUGCAUAAUUUUUCAGAUGCCAGUCAAUCAGGAUAUGGCACUGUUUCAUACUUGAGAUUGGAGAGUGCUGACAGUGUGCAUGUUUCAUUCAUCACAGGCAAGGCUCGUGUUGCUCCUUUAAAGCAACUAACCAUCCCACGCCUUGAGCUUGCUGCAGCUGUGCUUGCAGUUCGAGUGAAUUCCAUGCUGUUGAAGGAGUUACAGUUGCCAUUGCAAAGGUCAGUUUUUUGGACUGAUAGCACUACUGUUCUCAAGUACAUCUUCAAUGAAACAAAGCGUUUUCACACAUAUGUUGCUAACCGUGUCAGCACUAUAAGAGAAGCCACAGAUAAAGAUCAGUGGAGGUAUGUAAACACCAAAGAUAAUCCUGCAGAUGAAGCAUCUCGAGGUCUAAGAGCUCAGGAAUUUGGGAAAGGAAAAUGGCUAAGGGGACCAGACUUUUUGCAUUUGUCUUCCACCGAAUGGCCAAAACUCGACUUGGACUUCUCCUCCAUCACAUCUGAUGAUCCAGAGGUUAAAAGGGAACUUAAAAUGAAUGCUGUCGCAACGAACCGUGACAAUCCCCUCAGUCGGCUCAUUCACUAUUUCUCAUCCUGGAGAAAGCUUAAAACAUCAGUGGCCUGGUUGUUGGCGUUGAAAGAAAGACUUUUACUUUUGAGCCAAAAGAGGAAAGAAUAUGUGGUCAAGCAGAAUGAAAAUGUGGAAAAGGAGCUUAAAAAAUUCAAAGCCACGCUUGGAACAUCCAGCUUGACACCAGAGCGUUUGGAGGAAGCCGAAAGGGCAAUAAUUCGGUUUGCACAAAACCAAAGAUUCAGCACUGAAAUUUCCUCACUAAAACACGACCCAAAGAUUGUUUCCAAAGACAGCCCUCUUUAUCGCCUCGACCCCUUCAUUAAAGAUGGCAUCCUCAGAGUUGGUGGACGCCUGUCUAGAUCUGUCCUGCCGUUGGAGGUUAAACAUCCUGUGAUUCUGUCAAAAGAUCUGCAUGUUUCCCAGCUCAUAUUACGUUACAUCCAUUAUCAACUUGGACAUGCUGGACGCAAUCACAUGCUUUACAGAUUGAGACAAAAGUAUUGGAUUAUAAAUGCCAACUCUGCGGCCAGGAAGAUUCUCUCACAAUGUACAGUGUGCAGAAGGUACAGAGGAAAACUUGGAGAACAAAAGAUGUCAGAUUUACCAGAGGAACGAGUUGUGCCUGAUAACGCGCCCUUUACAAAUGUAGGAGUAGACUAUUUUGGACCACUGGAUGUGAGGAGAGGGAGAACUGUGCUGAAGCGAUAUGGAGUGAUAUUUACCUGUCUAAGCAGCCGUGCAAUACAUCUGGAGGUGGCGAACUCCCUCGACACAGACUCCUGCAUCAAUGCUGUGCGAAGGUUUGUCUGCAGAAGAGGACCUAUAACAAGUAUGAGGUCAGAUAACGGCACAAAUUUUGUUGGUGCGCAGAAGGAGCUGAGGCAGGCCCUGGCUGCUUUAAAUCAAUCUAAAAUUGAAAGGACUUUGGUGCAGGAAGGAGUGAUGUGGAGUUUUAACACCCCAGCUGCAUCUCACCAAGGUGGCGUUUGGGAACGUCUGAUUCGCUCUGUGCGCAGUGUACUUACCUCUGUUGUUGGACAUCAACUGCUGGACAAGGAAGGCCUGCAAACACUGUUUUGUGAGGUAGAAGCAAUACUCAAUGACCGGCCAAUAACUAAGGUCUCAGAGGAUCCCAAUGACUUGGAAGCGCUCACUCCAAAUCACAUUCUUCUGCUGAAAGGCAAGCCCAUUCUGUCACCAGGUCUGUUUGAAAAUUCUGACCUGUAUAUUAAGAGAAGAUGGAGGCAAGUGCAGUACAUUGCGGAGCUUUUCUGGAAAAGGUGGACAUCAGAGUAUUUGCUUGUAAUGCAAGAAAGACAAAAAUGGACGAGGCAAAAAAGAAACUUCAUUCCUGGAGAUAUUGUUGUAAUCGCUGAUGCUACAGCUCCAAGAGGCUCGUGGAUGAUGGGUAGAGUUCUAAGUACUACAGCUGACUCAAGAGGACUGGUUCGCUCUGUGAAGGUCCAAACGAAGACCAGUAUCCUGGACAGACCAAUAACCAAGCUCUGUCUUCUCUUGGAGGCUAACAAUUGA